GAUUAAUGAGAGCUUUGCUGUCGCUUUGUAGGAAGAGGGGGUGUGACCUUGACGUUCCUCCAGUACAGAGCAGAGGGAAGACAUGAGUUCCAGCCAUGGAGUACGAGAUUGGGUGGGGGCUGCUGCAGUGGCUGUUGGUGCAGCUGCCGUAGGCUAUCUAGCGUAUAGAUCCUUCUGCUGUAAAGACAAGUGCUGCAAAGCUGUGGUAAACCAGUCAAUACAGAAGGACAAUCCGAAGGUGGUUCAUGCUUUCGACAUGGAAGAUCUGGGAGACAAGGCAGUUUAUUGCCGCUGCUGGAGAUCAAAGAAGUUUCCAUACUGCGAUGGUGCCCACACGAAACACAAUGAGGAGACCGGUGACAACGUGGGCCCUUUAAUCAUUAAGAAGAAGGAAUCCUAAGUGUGGAGUUCAGUUAUUAGUUACUGAUGGUGAUAUUAUGAACCCCAGCAAGAAGGCAGAGGAUUAUUAUGUGCAAGGACCAUCAUCUGUGUCUUUGUUGUCUGCCUUACUUGUAUAUGCCUGCAGUGGUGUGGAGGGUUUUGUAUUUCUGUGUUUUGACUUGGAAUCAGAGACUUCAUAUCCACUGUAUAAAUUGCCACUGUGUAUACAUUUAGUAAAUACCUCUAUGGUUCCCUGUUCUUCAAACUGUGGUAUACUGACAUAUGGAAUGUAAAAUAAAUGCAUAGGCAUUAAAUUGGAUACAAAAUUGUACUCGAA